CAGCUCAAUGAGCAGCCGUACCUGUGUCAGGGGAGAGUGUCUCCUGCCAAUGGAGCACUGCACACACAAGCAUUUAUGCCAGCAAAAGUUACAUUGCUCGGGGAGGGGUGUGUUUUCACACCCUUGAGCAACAAAAGGUGGAGAUGUCGGCCGAGGCCACGAUGACCCCGCUCCCAGCCCCCGAGGCCUGCGCCCCCAUGGUAUCCAUGCAGCACCAGCCUACAGGGGGAGCGGUGGGUGUGACCUUUGACCUAAAGCCCUUGAAUCCCAGCAGCAAGUACGUGAAGUUGAACGUGGGGGGGUCCCUGCACUACACCACAGUGCAGACUCUCACCAAGCAGGAUACCAUGCUCAAGGCCAUGUUCAGCGGUAGAAUGGAGGUGCUCACUGACAGCGAAGGCUGGAUCCUGAUCGACCGUAGCGGGCGUCACUUCGGCACCAUCCUCAACUACCUGCGGGAUGGCUCGGUCUCGCUCCCAGAGUCGCAGCGGGAGCUGGAGGAGAUGCUGUCCGAGGCACGGUACUACCUCAUCCAGGGGUUGGUGGAGGACUGCCAGCUUGCCCUGCAGCAAAAGAACGAUGGCUAUGAUCCUCUGUGUCUCAUUCCCAUGGUGACAUCCCCCAAGGAGGAGCAACAGAUCAUCUCCAGCUGCUCCAAGCCAGUGGUGAAACUGUUGCAUAAUAGAAGCAACAACAAGUAUUCAUAUACCAGUAACUCAGACGAUAACUUGCUGAAGAACAUUGAGCUGUUUGACAAGCUGGCGCUGCGCUUCAACGGGCGGGUCCUCUUCAUCAAGGACGUGCUGGGGGAUGAGAUCUGCUGCUGGUCCUUCUAUGGGCAGGGCCGCAAAAUCGCCGAGGUCUGCUGCACCUCCAUCGUCUACGCCACUGAGAAGAAGCAGACCAAGGUGGAGUUCCCCGAAGCCCGGAUCUUCGAGGAGACCCUGAACAUUCUGAUCUACGAGACCCCGCGGGUCCCCGACAAGGCGCUCCUGGAAGCGACGGGUGGGGUGGCCGGAGGAGGGGGAGGCCCCCACCGGGCCGACGAGGAGGACGGGCGGGAGCACCGCGUCCGGCGUAUCCAUGUCCGGCGCCACAUCAUGCAUGACGAGCGCCCCCACGGCCACCAAGCCGUCUUCAAGGACUGAUCCCGCGCCGCCCCCACGGCCCCGUCCAGGUGCCAAACGGCAGGGGUGGGGUCUCCCCGUCUCUCUGCCACACCCCCACUGCCUCUGACCUUUCUGGGGUCUCCCUUGACCCCUCGCUGCUCUUUGGGAGCUCUCUGCCUUGUGGCUUCUGACCUUUGACCCCCUUCUCUGAUUCGACUCCCCGGCAGUAGAGACCUGGGUAACCCCCUGGACUGCGCAGGGAAAAGGGACACAGGAGACAGCUCCUGGGAGACCCCUCCUGCUUAAUUAAUCAUCCAGGCACCAACUCCUGUGUUUAACGAGCCUAAUUCCUUUGCUUUUGUGGGUGUGUGGACUUCCUGGUCUGUCCUCCCAUCCCACUGGAUUGACACCCGUGCCACAGCUGUAGCUCUAACCCAGCCCGGCACUGCAGGUCAGGCCGGGAUCAGUCACCCACUGCCCCCAGGGGGUGGGAGACAGCAGGGAGGCUAGUGUUGGCUAAUUAAGGGGUGCUGGCUGAGCAGGGAGCUGCCAGCUAGUCCAGCCCCAGGCCUCUCCAAGCUGUGGGGAGGGGAAGAGUCACUGGCCGUGGGGGAGCUCCUGGCUACUCCAGCCCCAGCCUCUCCUAGCAGGGGGUGCUGUGGGGAGUUCUGGCAGUGGGAGUUUUGCUCCCUUUGAUUCUGGAGGGAGUGACUCCAUUUACCAGCCUCAAAGCUGUCCUUUCCUUGCCAAACUCAUGGUACGUUCCAGCCUAUCAGACUUCACACCCCUUUUCUACAAAUGACAUGGCAGACCCUAAUCUUCCUACUCUGCCCCCCCAUACAUGGUACAACCCUGCUACAGUCCUUUACCACAUACAUGGAAUUCACUUCUCCUCCCCAAAAUACACAAUGUUCCUUACC